AUGGCGCCAUCCAUGAGUCUUGCUGCAAAAGGGCUGCUCCCCUUCGGAGCGCUCCCCUCGAGCGGCGUCGCGCAGAGGCCGGUGUCCGUGACCGCCUCCCUGGAGCACAAGCCGAACGAUUCUAAGAGGAAGCUCCUGAAGCUUGCGCUCGGAGGAGUCGGCCUGCCCGCCUUGCUGAGUGCCAACAAGGCUCUCGCCGAUGACCAGGGUGUGUCUUCCUCCAGGAUGUCCUACUCGAGGUUCCUCGAGUACCUCGACAAGGACAGGGUGAAGAAGGUCGACCUGUUUGAGAACGGGACGAUCGCUAUCGUGGAGGCCAUUUCUCCCGAGCUCGGCAACCGCGUGCAGAGGGUCCGUGUGCAGCUUCCCGGCCUCAGCCAGGAGCUUCUCCAGAAGUUAAGGGAGAAGAAUAUUGACUUUGCUGCGCACAACCAGCAGGAGGACUCUGGUAACCUCCUCUUCAACCUUAUCGGGAACUUGGCCUUCCCGCUUAUCCUUAUCGGCGGUCUGUUCUUGCUUGGUUUUGGCCAGUCCAAGGCCAAGUUCCAGAUGGAGCCCAACACCGGUGUUACGUUCGAUGAUGUUGCCGGUGUUGACGAAGCAAAGCAAGACUUCAUGGAAGUGGUUGAGUUCCUGAAGAAGCCAGAGAGGUUCACCGCCGUUGGUGCCCGCAUUCCCAAGGGUGUGCUGCUUGUUGGUCCUCCUGGAACUGGUAAGACUUUGCUUGCCAAGGCGAUCGCAGGAGAGGCUGGCGUGCCAUUCUUCUCGAUAUCGGGUUCUGAAUUCGUGGAGAUGUUUGUUGGUGUUGGUGCCUCCCGUGUUCGUGAUCUCUUCAAGAAGGCCAAGGAGAAUGCUCCUUGCAUAGUGUUCGUUGAUGAAAUUGAUGCAGUUGGGAGGCAAAGAGGAACAGGUAUCGGUGGUGGGAACGAUGAAAGGGAGCAGACUCUCAAUCAGCUACUGACUGAGAUGGAUGGUUUUGAGGGCAACACUGGCAUCAUUGUUGUUGCUGCCACCAACAGGGCUGACAUCUUGGAUUCCGCUUUGCUUAGACCUGGGCGCUUUGACAGACAGGUGAGUGUUGAUGUUCCUGAUGUACGUGGAAGGACAGAGAUUCUCAAGGUGCACGGUAGCAACAAGAAGUUUGAUGCUGAUGUUUCCCUUGAGGUCAUUGCAAUGAGAACACCUGGGUUCAGUGGAGCAGACCUGGCGAAUCUUCUGAAUGAGGCAGCCAUAUUAGCAGGCCGACGUGGGAGGACCGGAAUUUCCUCGAAGGAGAUUGAUGAUUCAAUUGACAGAAUAGUGGCUGGUAUGGAAGGAACUGUCAUGACAGAUGGGAAGAGCAAAAGCCUUGUUGCUUACCACGAAGUUGGCCAUGCAGUUUGCGGAACUUUGACGCCUGGCCACGACCCCGUCCAGAAGGUUACCUUGGUUCCAAGGGGUCAAGCCCGUGGUCUCACCUGGUUCAUUCCCAUGGAUGACCCAACACUCAUCUCUAGGCAGCAGCUCUUUGCCAGAAUCGUCGGCGGCCUUGGCGGCAGAGCUGCUGAGGAGAUCAUAUUCGGAGAUUCUGAGGUGACCACCGGAGCUGCCGGUGACCUGCAGCAGAUCACCGGCUUAGCCAAGCAGAUGGUGGUGACGUUCGGCAUGUCGGACAUCGGCCCGUGGUCUCUGAUGGACGCGGCGCAGAGCGGGGACGUGAUCAUGCGGAUGAUGGCCAGGAACUCCAUGUCGGAGAAACUGGCGCUGGACAUCGACUCGGCGGUGAAGCAGCUGUCGGACAAGGCCUAUGAGAUCGCCCUGCAGCAGGUGAGGGACAACCGCGUGGCCAUGGACAAGAUCGUGGAGGUGCUCCUGGAGAAGGAGACGCUGAGCGGUGACGAGUUCCGGGCCAUCCUGUCCGAGUUCACCGAGAUCCCCGUCGAGAACCGGGUGCCCCCGACGCCCCAGGCCGCCGUCCCGGUCUAG